ACGCAGUUUGAGUUUUGCGCGCGGAGACGGAGCGGUUCAGCGUGCGUUUGAGGUUCUGAACUGAGAAGAUGUCCAAGCGGAAGGAGUUUGUGGGGUCUGUGCAUCAGGACAACGUGCACCACUUUCUAAACUUCAUCAGACUGCACAAAGAUGCGUCGGCGCCGUUGGACCUGGCCGAGCUGGUGCAGGAGCUGCAGAGGAAUCAGAGGCAGGAUCUGUGGGCGAGGCUGGCGGCGCUACUGAAACACGCGCUGACCUCGUACCCUGCCGAGCGCUGGAUCACCGGACUGGAGGAGGACAGCGGGGACGACAUGGAGGUGGAGCGGUCGGAUGAACUGAAACACACCAUGGCUGUGCUGGACGGCGUCACCCUGGUGUGUACGGUGUGUGUGGACGUGAUACAGAGCGGUGACACUUACAUUGACCUGCUGGAGUGCGCUCACACGCUCAACACUAUCGAGAGCUGUUUGCCCCUGACCGAGAUGCCGCUGCAGCAGGCCAUACACUGGCUGUUCGAGUGCUGGUGGAGGCAGGGCCUACAGGGGAAGGAGGAGCUCGGUUGGACCGCGUUCGUCGCCUGUUUGGAGAGCACGGUCACACUUAAGAAAACGCUGAGCGAGCUAAACCGGCUCUAUUCUCUGCGUGAGGUUCUGCUCAGCGUGGACUUCGAUUCCGACAGGGGGCGCUACAUCGCCGGGCCCCUGCUGCAGUGCUUCCUCAGCACCAACCACAUCAAACGAGAGGAGGGGAAGCGUUUCCUCUCGUUCCUGUUCGGCUGGGACGUCGACUUCGUCAGGAUGAUCCACGAGACCAUCAAGAACCAGCUGCAGUUCUUACCCAAGGCUUUGGCGGACGACGUGGCCGAGCUUUACUUCCGCUCGUGGAGGAAGGCGAGCGGAUCGUUUCUGGAGGAGAUCGAGUCGUCCUGCGUCCAGGACUUCAUGCAGCACGCCAUCCUGCUGCACCGGACCUCGCCCGUCCACCCCAAAGUGCGACAGAUUCUGACCUACUUCCAUAAGCAGAAGUUCAGGCAGGGUGUGGAUGAGAUGCUGCACCGUCUCUACAGGCCUGUUCUGUGGAAAGCCCUAAAGGCAGCGAAUGCGGAGGUGCGCGCCAACGCCACGCUGCUCUUCACCGAAGCUUUUCCCGUCCACGACCCCGACAUGACCACUGAGAAAAUGGACGAGCUGGUGCAGAAACAACUGGACGCUCUGUUUUCUCUGUUGGAGGACCCGCAGCCGUCGGUGCGCAGUGCGGCUGUGUUGGGAGCCUGUUCCGUGGUGUCCAGAUGUUGGGAGCUGCUGCCCUCGUCCAUCAUCACCGACCUGCUGAAGAGGCUGAUGGAACUGGCCUCGGACAGCAGCAGCCCGGACUGCCGCUGCGCCGUUUUCAUGUGCAUGUCCAUGAUCCUGGACAACCAGAUGAGCCACCCUCUGAUGGAGAAGCUGCUUCCCGCCCUCAAGCUGAGCCUGCACGACACGUCGGAGAAGGUCCGAGUGGCUUUCGUCGACCUCCUGAUCAAGAUCAAAGCCGUCCGUGCGGCCAAGUUCUGGAAGGUGUGCUCCAUGGAGCACCUGCUGGCCCGUCUGGAGCUGGACUCGCCGUCCGUGUCCAAGCGCGUGGUCAACCUGCUCUUCAGCUCCUUCCUCCCGCUGGCCCAGGGCGAGGAGGUGUGGUGCGAGCGCUGCGUCUCCAUGAUCCAGAUGAACGCCGGCGCCGCGCGCAAGUUCUACCGCUACGCCUACGUGCACGCCGCGCCCACCGACAUAGUCAAACUGAUGCUGAUGAUCAGGAAGUGUCUGAACGCCUGCAUCCAGAAGACGGGGGAGAACCCCGACCAAUCGGUCUGCAGCAACAAGGAGAACAGCUCGAUAUUGGAAGACGUGCUGUCGGUGAAGGACACGGCGGUGAUGUCCAGUCUGUUGGAGCUGGUGGUCAUUCUGUGGAAGAGCGUGCAGAAGUCUCUGGAGCUGAAUAAGGAAGCGCUGAGCUACACCACCGCCAAGUUCGCCUCCGUCCUGCCCGAGUACCUCCGAGUCUUCCAGGACGAGCGCUGUAGAGCCGCGCUGAUCCGCCUGGCGUCUUUACUCCCAGCUUCGGCCGUUCCAGCUCUCCGGAGUAAAGUAACAGCCCAGCUGAAGAGGCUGGACCCCGGAGCGGCCGCGUCCGAGUACGACCAGCUGAUCGAGUGCGUGUGUAGCUGGGGGCAGGUGAGCCACGUGCUGGAUCUGGCCGUGCAGUGGCUCACCGAGGCUUCUCCUGUCAACGGGGCUGACCGGAGCGGCUCGGACGCCAGGCGGGUCCAGUUCAGCGCCCCCACGGAGGCCAAGCCGGAGCUGGGACUGGACUACGUGGAGUGUCUGCUGUCCAAACCUCAGACUCGGGAGCGCCUGCUGAGCCUGAGCGUGGAGCAGCUCCGCCCCCUGCUGGCCGCCCUCGCCGCCUGGAAGGCGGUGCUGUGCUCGUCCCUGAGCGGACGCGAGGUCGGCGCCGCGCCGGCGGAGACCGCGCUCAGGGCGUUCGCCGCGCUCUCCCGGCUCGCCGUCCACCUACAACACAGGCACCCUGAGGACCGGCACUUCCUGACCUCUCUGGAGGACUCCAUGGACUGGGUGGAGAAGAAGGUCCUGCCCUUCCUGGUGGCCCCUGGUGACCGGAUCUCUGAGCAGCAGCUGAGUCUGAGCAGGAGAAUUGUAGAGGCUUUACUGUGGGUGUGUAGAGACGCCGUGAGAGUCGCUCUGGGAGACGCUGAGUUUAACCAUCGCGUCCUGCAGCUCUGCUCGUACGUGCUGCUGUCUGAAAAAGGCUACCAGUGCGUCCCCCUCCUCCUGUCCGUGCUGACCGAGGUGGCGCAGGACUGCUUCGCCCAGAGCGCCACGCCCGAGGAGGAGCGCCUGUCCGUCACGCUGCAGAUCGUCACCAACAUCUUCCAGAAGGUUCUGGAGGUCGUGGCCCACCGCCUGCGCAGGGACAAGGAGGAGGGACAAGAGCUCUGCCGCUCGUCUGAAGAAGCCCUGCACGACUUCCUGCUGGUGACCCAGUUGGUUUCGGAGAGGGCCGAGGCGAUGAGCGGGAUCUUCUCGUCUCUGUGUGCGGCGGUCAUCAUCGACAUCAGCCACACCCUGCAGAAGAUCUCUCAUCCUGAAGGGGCCACGACUCCAGAAGCCGUGACGGAUCUUCCUCCCCUCUCAUGCGCCAUAAUGUCGUCCAUCCUCAGAUCACCCGCCGUCACCGGGUGUUUCAUAGCCGAGACCAGGUCGUCGGUCGACUCGGAGGCCAUCGACAGCGUCGCGGGACUCUCCGCCGUCACGCACGUUCUUGCCAUCGUGAGGAACACGGAGAACUUCGGUGCUGAUCUGAAGGGAAUCGCCGUAUCGGUGCACAGACAGAUCCAGCAGCACAGAGCCGUCACCGCCGAGGAGUCCACGAACAGGUUCAUCUAUGAGGAUGCGGUCAGGACGCUGGACGAGCUCCUGAUGCCCUGAGAACUCGUCCUGGAACCAGUCGUGGAUUUCACCGUGUCUCUCUUACCCAGUCUGUCCGCUUUACCUUCACUGUCUCACAUUCCUAAAUCUUCUCUCUCUCUCUUAUAUAAAUGAUCUUUCUAUAGAAUCAUACGUUUAUUAAUAAUGAACUGUGGGUGAACAUCAGAUCUUAUGUUUCCUGGUGCAGCGUGAUACAUUUAUAAUGGUGGAUUUGAUAAAUAAAGAAAUAUUAUACAACC